AUGAAUCCGAUUAAGUACUUCUUUGAGAAGCCAACAUUGACAGAAAUGGUGGCCAGAUGGUUGUUGUUGUUGUCAGAAUUUGACAUAACAUCUGUCAACCAGAAAUUCAUAAAAAGACGAGUGAUCUCGGACUAUCUAGCUGCGUACCCAAUCGGGGUAGAUUCACAGCCACUAGAAGACUCAUUCCCAGAUGAGGAUUUGGCAUAUGUGGAGGAAGAAGACUGUGAAGACUGGUGGCAAUUGUACUUUGACGGUAUAGCCAAUCAAAGAAGAUAUGGGGCAGGAAUAUUGUUGAUAACCCUAGAUGAUCUCUAUCUACCAUCUUCAUUCUGGCUAGAAUUCCCUUGCACUAACAACAUUGUAAAAUAUGAAACAUGUGCGAUCGAUCUUGAAGCUGCCGUAUCAUUAGAGAUCAAGAAACUGAGAGUCUAUGGGGACUCGUUAGUCGUGAUUUGUCAAACUCAAAGGAAGUGGAAGACGAAGGAUGAGAAGCUGAAGCCCUACCAAGAACAUUUGGAGAACUGGAUCAAAAGCUUCAAAGAGAUCACCUUCGAGUAUUUGCCAAGAGACAAUAAAAGAUUCGUCGACGCCCUAGCUACCUUGGCUUCAAUAGUUGAAUGCACCCCAGAUACUCAAGUCUUCCCAUUCUUGGUCGAUAGGAUGUAUGAACCGGCAUAUGAAGACUCAAUAAAUACUCUGACAACCGAUGGGAGGUUGUGGUUCGCAUCCAUCAUCAAUUUCAUCAAAGAAAAGAAAUAUCCUCUGAAUUCCAUAGCCGGUGAAGAGAAGAGGUUGCAGAAGCAAGCCGCACAGUUUAUACUUCAAGGCGACCUGUUAUACAAGAGGUCUUAUGAUGGCAUACAACUACUAUGUGUAGACGGAGACCAAGCCCAGAUGAUCAUGGAAGAAACCCAUUAG